GUGAGCUGGCAGACGCGUCUUCACGGCUUAGGACUGCGAAGAGCGGACGAACAGAGGAAGUCAAACCUCGGAGGGCAGCAGCUGCGGAAAAUCUUAGUCGGCACAGGUUAACUCACCUUGAAAGAUGAAUAACACCACAAACUCUACAGCAAGAAGCAUAAACGAUUCUCUCAACAUAGUCGCCAUAGUGGUUUAUUCCUUUGCCUGUAUCCUCGGCUGCAUCGGGAAUGGCCUUGUCAUCUGGAUCACUGGCUUUAAAAUGAAGAAGACAGCCAACACAGUCUGGUUCCUUAACCUGGCGAUUGCCGACUUUAUCUUCACCACCUUCUUGCCGUUAACAAUUAUCUACACUGCUAACGGCUACAACUGGAUCUUUGGGAAGUUCAUGUGUCAGUUCAACUCCCUCAUACUCUGCCUCACAAUGUUUGCCAGUGUGUUUCUGCUGACAGCCAUUAGUGUCGACCGCUGUGUGGCAGUAGUGGCUGCCGUCUGGUCACAGUCCUAUCGAUCACCUCGCACAGCUAGCAUUGCAUGCUUCAUUGUAUGGCUGUUGGCUGUUGUCCUCGGAAUUCCAUAUGCAGCCUAUCGUGACCUUAGAGUGACCCCAAAUAAAAUCAUGUGUGCUAUCAACUAUUCUAGUGACGUAAAUGUUGUCAUGUACAGACGUGGCACUCUGACCAUCAUUCGUUUUCUCUGUGGCUUCCUCAUCCCCCUUAUUAUUAUUAUACUCUGCUACAGUGCCAUCAUCUGGCGAUACAACAACCUGCAGCGCCAGAGAUGCUUCAAACCAUUCAGAAUUAUUGUUGCAGUCAUUGUUACCUUCUUUAUCUGCUGGGCUCCUUUCCAUAUCAUACAGCUGUUGACAUUAAAAAGCACCAAUUCGACAGAUACUCUUUACAAGGUCAUACGGAUAGGUAACCCCAUUGUGACCAGCAUUGCCUUCCUCAACAGCUGCCUGAACCCGGUGCUCUACGUGUGUAUGUGUCAGGACUUUCGGCACAAGUUUAAGAAGUCUGUCCUGCUGGUGCUGGAGAGCGCCUUCACUGAAGAGGGGCUCAUGUCUCAAUUGAGCCAGAGAAGGCCCACCGUCCAAAUGGAGUCUUUAGUUUCUUUACAGAAAAAAAACAGCAUUUCAUAAUCCAAAUGUUUGUAGUAUAAAAUGCAGUUUUGAUGGUUUUUAAAUGUUUUUAAUCCAUCAGUGUUUCAUAACUGUCUGUUACAAAACAGGAAAAAAAAACACAUUUCAACAUGAUAGUCUAGUAAGGCCAAAGACUUACGUGAAGAGAGGUCCAAGUAUCAAGAAUAACCAAAUAAAUUGUUACAAACUGAAGGACAUCCCAUGUGUCACAUCUGCAGAGUGCCAGUUUAAGAAGAAAAUAUCAGCAACUUCAAGAAAAAUAACAGAGACAUUUUUUUACUUAUCUGCUGUACUAAGCCAUAAUGUCAAACUUUCAAUGAAGAGCUGCAUUUGGAAUAUUGACAAUUGAGAUUUCAGAAGAUGUUGACCAAUUAUUAAGUUCAGGAGUGGUGAUUUGAGUGGAAUGGCAGUGUGGGUAGUAGUCAAAGCUGCCACCCAACAACUCCCUAGAGUCUUGGACGUGGACUUCAACUAAGGCACUAACUAUUUUGCAUCUCCACACCUUACAUUUGCACGUUUUUCUCCAUAUUCUCCAAUUUUCCUUUUACAUUCCAAAAACAUGCAUGCUGGAAUGACUGGCAACUCUGAGAUGACCUUGUGAGAAUGAGUGUCGGUGUGAGCAUGAGUGUACCCUGCACUGAACUGAAACUCUGUCCAAGGUUGGUUUCUGCUUUAUACCUGAUGCUCCUGAGACAGAUUCUGGUUAAAAUGGGUUAAAAAAUGAGAACAUUAAGACAAUUUUAAUGAAAACAGGCCAAAUGACAAAUGCACCAAUCUCAUUUACCCAAUUUCUCCAAAACAACAUCAAGUCCAGUUUUGAUGGCCACUAAAAUCCUACUGUCUACCACAAUACUGGUAACUAGUUCCAUUUGCCUAUAGUUCACUAGGUGAAGAAAUCUUCCUAAUAUUUGUCCAGAAUUUAACCUUAACUAGUUUCCAUCUGAAUGGAGUGAUAGUGAUACUCUCAAACUAUGACUCAUGAGUGACAAAAAAUUAAUUACAUGG